GGCAGCUGCCUGAGCCCUGGGCACGAUGGAGUUUUUGGGGACCACGCAGGUUGCCAGCUACUGUGGCACGCGGAAGAGCUGCCUGUUCCCGGACCCAGCCCCCACCAGCACCACCAAGGACACCUACCAGUCCUACUACCUGCCAGGAUGCCGCUACCUCAGUUCCUGGAGGCCCAGUCUGCUUCACAGAGUGGUCUCGGUCCCUCCCAGCUCUGCUGAGCUGUUCAGUCCCACUGGGCGGCCACCCACUGUUCUGCCCACCUUGCGUUCCUCCCUCCAUUCCCGCUACAGCACUCGCGACUGGCACCAAGCAAACAUGGUUCAGCUAAAAGGCUCUGAAGCCUCCAGGUACUGGGCUGGAAGGCUGAACACUGAUUCCUUGCGACUGAUGCAAGAUAAGGACCAAUUGACUCAUCAGAUGCAACAAGACAGUAGCAGAAACUUGGGAGAGAGGAUCUCUAACAUUGAUUUCUGGAGAUCUGAGCUCGCCUAUGAGCUAGAGUGUCUGCUCAAAGAGACCCAGGCCUUGGAAACGGCCAAGAAGCGGCUUGAAUGUGCUGCAGGAGAAAUGCAGGGACCGCUGAAGACAGCCCUGGAAUGCUUGUACUACCGCGAGAAGCGGAAGGAAAUAGACUUGGUUCAUGAUGAUGUGGAAAAAAACCUCAUGAAGGAGGUUGAUCUAUACAAAGAUUGUCAAGAAAUACUGGCAAAACUUGCACAAAGAAUCAGUCAUCAGUUGGAUAUCAACAGAGAUGCGCAGCAUGCCCUGGAGCAGGACCUUUCUGACAAAAACUCAGCCCAUUUUAUUGACACGAAGUGCUUUAACCUGAGGAACACAUCAGACAGCAUCAACUUCUACCAUGGAGUGGAGAAAGCAGAUGGGACUGUUUCAGUUCCUGCAACAUGGGCUAAAUUCAGUGAAGACAAUAUCAGGUGCUCUCAACAUGCAAGGGCCAACUCUGUCAAGCUCCGGGAGGAUACAGAGGCUGCACUGGAGAGCACAUCUGAGGAGCUGUGGAAUCAAUUUGUCAGCACCAACUUGGCCUUUAACAGCCGCAUUGCCGAAGUAGCUGAUGCAAAGAACAAACUCCAAGCACAGCUGGCUAAGGUACUUCAAGAAAUCUUCCAGACAGAAGAUACAAUCAUGCUACUGGAGAGAUCCAUCAUGGCGAAGGAAUACCCGCUGAAAGUGGCUCAGACACGCCUGGAGGGAAGAACUAGGCGACCCAAUAUAGAACUGUGCCGUGACGCACCUCAGUUUCAGCUUGUCACUGAAGUUUAUACUAUAGAUGACACCUUACAGACCUUAAAGAAACAUCUGCAAGAAGCCCGUGAUACUCUGCAAAUGCUGCUUCACAACAAAUCAAAGCUGGAACACGACAUUUCUGUGAAGGCAAACUCCUUCUUCAUUGACAAGAAGUGUAUGGAGAUGCGCAAAACCUUCCCCUGCACCCCACGGCUCAUUGGCUACAUUUGAGCAGUAACCUUUGAUACCUCUCAUGCAUGAUACAAAAGCUGCAAAGGUUGCAAACAUUUCCUGAAGGAAAUCAUUAUUUUGUUGGGGUUUUGUUUCUUUGUUUGAAAUCCAAUAGAAAUAAACCAACCAAGAUCAA